AUGGAGGACCCCACCAGCAAAGGAGAGGAGUCGUCUAAGAAGGUCCCCACGACAUCAUCAUCUUCGAGCGGGAGAAGGGGAAAGGAAGUCUCGGUAAACGCCGUCCAUACGGCGCAACAAGCCCCCCAGCAAUAUUCUAUGAACUACACGGCGGCGCCUCCCGCGGCUCCCUCAUUCUCCCCGCAGGCACCUCAGUAUCGACCUCAAGCCCCUACCCAAUCAAUCUACUAUUCCGCACUGCCGCCUCCACCCCUACCUGCGGUGUCAUCGCCCGUCGUCCAUCAUUAUGCCCCUGCUCCAUCUCAAGCCCUUCAACAUCAACCUCCGGCUCCUAGGACUACUCAGCCGGCGCAACGGGCCCCGCACCCGCAAAGUCAACAGGGCGGUGCAGCACCAUCGCGACCCCGCCGACAAUUCCCGACCCUACCGGUUCCGCCUUCCCACAUCUACCGGCAAAUUCGUGAGAAGAUCGGAACAAUAGCGCCUGGCCCGAGCUUCGAUCCAACCAUCCAAGAUCAAAGCAAGCAGUGCGAAUGUCAUCGGGGGGCACCGGGGCAUACCCUGGACACUUGUUGGAGAUUAAGGGAGAGGAUUCAGGAGAUGAUCGACGCGAAGGGGCUCGUAUUCAAUGCUGUAAGGCCUCCGAACAUACAGGCUAAUCCUCUUCCUGACCAUGGAUCGGCUCCGGGGCCUUCCAUCAACAUGAUCACCGUGUGCACAUCGAGCGAGGACGAAGGCAAACAAGACGGGUUCUCUCCCGUUGUGAUUGAAUACGUACCGACGGAAGUCACAGUCGGGCUCACCGAGGUAGACGCACCUCAUGCCCCGCUUGUCAUAGACGUCCCCGCCCAGGAGCCGUACUCGAACGAUAGGGUCCCCUGGACCUAUGAGGGAAGUGUCGGGAAGCUAGAGCAACAAUUCGGUGUCAUGGGCAUAACCCGCUCAGGGCGGCUAUAUGAGAACCCGGCGACCACCGACAGAGGGAAGGCACCCGCUGCCGAAGAGGAGACGAGGCCUAGGACCCUGCUUACUCCGUCCAAGAAGAGGGUGAAAUUCAUCGUCGAGGAGAAGAUCAUCACGGUUAAGGGUGAGGAGGAUUACGCCAUCUAUAAGGAGACGGCGGUUCCCUAUAUCAGCGUCGGGGACGACGAAAACCUGCCUUUCCACUCCUUUGAGACUAUCUCCGUUAUCCGGGAUUACGGAGAGGUGGGUACUCAAGAGGAGCCCCGCAUCCUAAAGAUCGGCACAAGCCUCGACUCAACACAACGGGUCCGAAUGAUCGAUUUCUUGACCAAGUAUCAAGAAGUUUUUGCCUGGUCCUACGCCGACAUGCCGGGGCUAGACCCGUCAAUAGUGAAGCACUUCCUCCCGCUGGACACCGAGAAGUUCCCGCCCAAGCGGCAACAAUUGCGAUGGCAACGGGCAAGCCUCCUUCUCCGCAUCAAGGAGGAGGUUGUCAAGCAGAUCAACGCGGGCUUCCUCGAGGUCUGCAAUUAUUCUGAAUGGGUCGCAAACAUCGUGCCGGUGGAGAAGAAAGAUGGAAGGGUGCGAGUCUGCGUCGACUAUCGGGACCUCAAUAAGGCCAGCCCCAAGGACAACUUUCCCUUGCCCCACAUCGACAUACUAGUUGACAACACGGCGCGCCACUCUCAGUUUUCUUUCAUGGACGGCUUCUCCGGAUACAAUCAAAUUCGGAUGGCCGAGGAAGACAAGGUCAAGACGACGUUCACUACCAUGUGGGGAACCUUUUGUUAUCGCGUCAUGCCUUUCGGUCUCAAGAACGCCGGGGCAACUUAUCAGAGGGCUAUGGUCACAUUGUUCCACGACAUGAUGCAUAAGGAAGUCGAGGUCUAUGUUGACGACAUGAUUGCCAAGUCCAAAGAAGGAGAAGACCAUCUUGUUAAUUUGAAGCGUCUCUUCGACCGCUUGCAGGAGUACAAGCUUCGGCUCAAUCCGGCAAAAUGCACGUUCGGCGCUCGAUCGGGAAAGCUACUAGGGUUCGUGGUCAGCGAGCGCGGUAUUGAGGUAGAUCCCGAUAAAGUCAAGGCGAUCAAGGAGCUUCCUCCGCCGUCUUCGGUCCGCGAAGUACGAGGCUUCCUAGGGCGAUUGAAUUACAUUGCACGAUUCAUUGCCAACUUGACAGAGAAAUGCCAACCACUCUUUCGCUUGCUCCGCAAGAACGCGGCGAUCGAAUGGGACGAAGAAUGUCAGAAGGCCUUUGACACCAUCAAGGCGUACCUGGUCAAACCGCCGGUUUUGGUCCCGCCUACACCAGGCCGUCCCCUCGUACUCUACCUAACGGUGCGUCGUCAAUCAUUAGGAUGCAUGCUGGGACAGGAGGAGGAGUCCACGCACACGGAGCGCGCGAUCUACUAUCUGAGCAAAAAGUUCACCGAUGGAGAGUCAAAUUAUCCGGAAAUCGAGAAGAUGUGCUGUGCAUUGGUGUGGGUCAUGCAAAGGCUCCGACAAUACACACUUUAUCACACGGUCCGCUUGCUAUCAAAGGCGGAUCCCCUGAAAUAUUUGCUCGACAGUCCCUCCUCCACGCGGAACCUCGCCAAGUGGCGUUGUCAAUUAACGGAGUAUGAUAUUGAAUACGUGUCCCGCACUUCGGUCAAGGGGCAAGCAAUUGCAGAUCAUUUGGCAGAAUUCCCAGUUGAAGACCACACACCAAUUAAUCCCGACUUCCCGGAUGAGGGAAUCCUCCGAGUAGACGACGAGGGAGAGGAGCCGGGAUGGAAGAUGUAUUUCGACGGUGCUGUCAAUUCCACGGGAUCAGGCAUCGGUGCAGUACUGAUAUCCCCGGACGGACACCAUUACCCAGUAGCGGCAAAGAUCGACUUCCCGUGCACCAAUAAUGUGGCUGAGUACGAGGCAUGUAUUCUCGGCCUCCAAGCGGCGAUUGAUUUCAAAGUAAAAGAGCUCGAAGUGUUCGGUGACUCCAUGCUCACUAUCUUCCAGACAUUGGGGCAAUGGAAGACAAAGGACGCAAAACUGGUGCCGUACCACGAGUACCUCGAGAAGUUAACCAAGAACUUCGAGGACAUCUCGUUCACCUAUACUCCGCGCAUGACAAAUCAAUUCGCGGACGCGCUUGCAACGCUCGCCUCCAUGGUGAGCAUCACGAAGGAGAACCUUAUCGAGCCCCUCGAGAUUGAGAUAGCCGAAGGACCGGCGCACUGCAAUUCAAUCGAAGCAUCCGAGGCGAAGCCGUGGUACGAAGACAUCAAGAACCUUCUGCGAACCGGCCAAUACCCCCCAUUCGCCGACCGCCGCGAUCGGAAGACUCUCAGACGCCUCGCGAUACACUACUUCUUGAGCGGCGAGAUACUUUACCGCCGCUCCUUCGACUCCACACUCCUCCGGUGCAUCGACGAGCACGAAUCGCGACGUCUCAUGGAGGAAGUGCACGGGGGAAACUGUGGACCCCAUAUGAACGGUCUCAUGCUCGCUAAGAAGAUCAUGCGCCUGGGCUAUUAUUGGUCCACCAUGGAGACUGAUUGUGUGAAACAUGUCAGACAUUGUCACCGAUGUCAGGUCUACGCCGAUCAAAUCAAAGCGCCGCCCAAUGAAUUGCGCCCCAUGACGGCACCAUGGCCUUUUUCAAUGUGGGGAAUGGAUGUGAUCGGCCCGAUCAACCCCAAAGCGUCCAACGGUCACAUGUUCAUUUUGGUGGCAAUUGACUACUUCACCAAAUGGAUCGAAGCUGUCACUCUUGCGUCAGUCACCGCGAAAGCCGUGGCCCGUUUUCUCAGACGCGACGUCAUUGCCCGAUACGGGGUCCCUGCGACAAUCAUCACAGACAACGCCAAGAACCUGAACAACAAGGUCAUCGACGAGCUUUGUGCACAGUUCAAAAUCCGACACCGCAAUUCCACCCCGUACCGUCCCCAAAUGAACGGUGCAGUGGAAGCGGCAAAUAAGAACAUCAAAAAGAUCAUCGAAAAAAUGACGGUGAACUACAAGGAUUGGCACGAGAUGCUCCCCUAUGCACUCUUGGCGUACCGUACAUCCAUACGGACCUCAACCGGAGCAACCCCGUAUUCGCUAGUCUAUGGCAUGGAGGCCGUCCUCCCAAUCGAAGUAGAGAUCCCUUCCAUGAGGAUUCUUGCCGAGGCCGAGCUUGAAGAAGCGGAAUGGGCAAAGCAGCGGUACGAACAGUUAAAUUUCAUUGAUGAGAAGAGGUUGAAAGCGCUAUGCCACGGACAGUGCUAUCAACAAAGAAUGGCUCGAGCCUUCAACGCAAGAGUCCGCCACCGCGAUUUCAACCCCGGCGACCUCGUUUUGAGGAAAGUCCUACACGUCACGCCAGACUCUCGAGGGAAGUUCUCGUACAAAUACGAUGGCCCCUUCGUCGUCAAGGAGGUUUUCUCCGGAGGAGCAGUCGUCUUGAGCGACAUGGACGGCACUGAAAAUGCCCUUCCCGUCAACGCUGACGCCAUUAAGAAG